UGAAUGAUGCAGUGAGGGUACGAAUGGAAGGAGGAGUGCUGGAGGAGUAUGAGGCGAGUGCAGAUGUUCUGCUGAGUGACACCAUGGACCAGUACAGGACCUUCCAGAUGUGUGAACGUCUGCUGCACAGCCCAUCCAAACUAGCCAACCAGCUACUGUUCCAGAUCCCACCUCAUCGACAAGCCAUGCUCAUAGAGAGAUACUAUGCCUUCGAUGACGCAUUUGUCCGUGAGGUCCUGGGGAAGAAGCUCUCCAAAGGAACCAAGAAAGACUUGGAUGAUAUUAGUGCCAAGACAGGUGUGACGCUAAAGAGCUGCAGACGACAGGUAGGAGCCCUCUGAGCAGCACAGUGACUG